AUGAUCAAGAAAAAAAAAUUUAAUGAGCUUUGGUUAUGUGCUACAAUAUCAACAGAAAUAGCAUUUCAUGCAAGUGAAAAUCCUGAAUUACAAGCCGCGUGGUUUAAACAAUUACCUGUAAAAAUAUUAAUUGAACUUGAAAAUUAUCAUAAGAAGCAAUAUCUAUUUGAUAAUAAGUCUGUUAAUCAAUUUUUAAAUACAGAAAAUAAUUUUCAAUUUUGGUCACUUAUAGCAACAAGUAGAUCUGAAUUAGAUUUAAGAAACCGUCUAGAUCCAAACAAAGUUUUAAAAAUUAGUCAAAUUCAUGGUUUUAUUGCAUAUACUCAUCAAGUAGCUAAAGCAAAAAUGAUUAAGGAAAAAUACUUAUCAAAUAUAGUAAUUUCACCUAAUAAUGAAACUGAAAGUUUGUCUUAUGAAGAAUUGGAAAUUCAAGAAUCUCAAGAAUUAAGCGAUUUGCAUGAAACUAUAGAUAUCUGGAUCGAAUCAUUAGAGUAUGAAAAUUUAUCUGAACUAACUACUGAACAUUAUUUUGAUAUAGAUACCAAUCUUGAGUAUAAUGAAUUUGUUGAAAUACUAUUCAUCCUGUGUAUGAUUCAACUACUAAAUAGAAAUUGGCUGAAUUGUUUAUAG